UCAAUAACUUUCUUCGUGUGAGACUAAAAGUAAUACCUUGGUAGCGGCCGUCCUGGGCGGGGCAGCUUUGGCCGUGAUGCGUUUGUUGGCGAGGUCUUUAGUCUGUUUAUCGAGGGGCCGCGCUGCGACGGGGGCGACCCGGGAUAUGGCCGCCGGCUCCUUGACCGCCGCCGGGGACGCCUUGGCGGCGGGGCGCAGACUCGAAGCUGCAGGUUUCGCGGUGGACGUGCGCGGCGCCGCCGGAGCUUUCGGCGCGGCCGAUUUGGUGGCGGACGCGGGCGUCCGGGCGGUCGCCGCCGGACGCGAAGGCGUCGUCGUCGCGGAUUUCUUGGCAGCCGACGCCGGCGUUCGGGGGCUGGCGGCGGGAGUUGUUCGCGCCGGAGUCUUCGCGGCCGGCUUCGCGGUCGGCGUCGUCGGGGACUUCUUCGCGAUAGUUUUCUUAGCGGCCGCGACUCCGACCGCCGCGGCUCCGGCCGUGGCCGCGACGGCGGCAGCGACGACGGCCGGCGCGACGUCGGCCGCGAUGGGUGUGUCGCUGAGGGUGGCAGCGGCGGCGGGCGGCGCGGCUGCGGGCGUCGGCGGCGGUAUGGCACCGUCCUCCGGUCGGAUCUCGCUGGUGACCGGCACGCAGAUCUCCUGCGCUCUCGACUCGGGGAUGCCGAUGUCGAUAUCGGUGACGAGUUCGGAGCGCGGCACGUCAGGUACUAUGUCAGGAGCGGGGCCGGCGCUCGCCUCGUCGGCGAACACUUCCUGGGCCACCUCGGGGGACAGCCUCUCCUGCAGGGCCGGGGAGGGGGCGGGGGAGAGCGCCACUCGCUCGGCGGCGAGCGGAGACGCGGUUUCCGGCCGACAGACUUCGACGGACUCUUCGGGCGGCGGCGGCGCCUCCCUCUGUAUCGAACUUUCGACGGGGAGGGAGCACACGACGGGAACGGGGGAUUCGGCCCGCGGCGAAGGCGACUGCGCGGGACGGGGUGAAGGCGAGGCGGGGGCCGGUGACUCUCUCGGCAGCGGAACGUCGGCGGGCAGCGGCGAGGCGGGCGGGUCCGCGGCGGGCACCGGGGACUGCGAAAUCGCAGAAGACUGUGUGAUCUCCGCCGCUUGCGACGGUGGUUCAAGAAUCUGUUCUGGUUCAGGCGACCGUAAGAUUAGAGAAGGUUCUGGGGAGACUGCGUCGGGCUGUGGUGUCGUCGAUUCGACAAGAAGGGGAGACUGGGCCGGCAAGGGAGACUGUGCCGGCAAGGGAGACUCCGCUGGAAGCGGAGAUUCUACUGGAAGAGUAGACUCCGCUGGAAGCGGAGAUUCUACUGGAAGAGUAGACUCCGCUUGAAGCGGAGAUUCUACCGGAAGAGUAGACUCCGCAGAAGGAAAUUCCAUCGGUAGUUUACAAGCUGGUGGCAGAGGUGAUUCUGCAGACAGAGUAGACUCCAUUGGAAGUGGAGAUUCCGCAGGAAGAGGGGACUCCGAUGGCAGAGGAGACUCGACCGGUAAAGGCGAUUUUGACAGCGCUAGAGAUUCCGCUGGCAAAGGUGACUGUGAAAGUUCCGCUGACUCUUUCGGUACUGGCGAUUUGUUCGACGAUUCUGGUUCUGAUAUUGCGGGGUCCGGAGAUUCUGCCGUCAAAAGGUUAUUGACGGGAAGUGGUGACUCGGCAGGAAGGUGCGUCUCGCUAGGCAGCGGAGAAUAAGAUGGAAGAGGUGAUUCCGCAGGCAUCGGCGACUCACUCGGCCGGGUACAAACUUGAAUGAUUUCCUCUUCUGGAGCUAAAUCUUCAGAAUCUAUUUUUAUGUCUAGUGUGUCCUGUUCUAUAUCCUGCUGAGGAAUGUGCUCUUUGCUAUCGACAUCCAGUUUAUGUUCAGAAUUUUGGUGAACCUCUACUUCGACACUGUUUUCGACAUUAUGUGUUACUUCAGGCGAUAUGACUUCUGCACGUGUAUCCUCCACAGGUAGGGGUGACGCUGGCAAUCGCUCAUAAGAAUCAUUAGUAUUAUCUUUUACAAGCUCUGACUCUGGAAUGAUGUCAUCAUCUUUAUUAUCUUCGAAGAUUUCAGGGUUCUGAUCUUCCUCUGCUUUGGACAAAAAGUGUGAUUGUUCUUCAAUACAUGGAGAGUCAUCAUUUCUGUUUUCCAUAUCAAUAUCUUGUGAAAUCUCUUCUUGUGGUGUCAAUAUCCUUGCAUCCUUUUCACUUUCCGUUUGAUCUAAUAAAUCUUCUGCUGUAAAACCUAAUUCCGAACUUUUACCAUCUGGUAUUUCUGGUAUCUGUUCAAAAUAUAAUUUGUGAGAUUCAGGUGUAUCUGUAUGUAUCACAGCAUCUUGUGGUACAUUACUAGUUUCAAAUUCAAUAUUAGAAUAUCCUUGCAUAUUACUGCCGUUUACAUUGUAAUCCAUGAAAUUAUCACCCUGUCCAAAAUUGAGAGUGGAAUUAUUUUUUACAUUCUCUUUUCCUUCAUCGAACCUCAUUAUAUCAUUGUUUGGUUCUGAUGCUUCACUCUCGAUACCUAAUAGAUCUGAAUGUUGUUCCGGACUAACGUUUUCUUUAUCAUCUUCAGUGAUAUUUUUACAAACACCGUUUGGUUGGAUGUCUUCAUCAUCACUGUCAGGUAAGGGUUGAACAGCAUUGAGGUCCACAUGCAAUUCAUUCUUAGAUAACCUUUCACAAGUAUCAUCAUCUUUUUCUUGAUAAAAGCUCAUACUCAUGGGAUCCCGUUCCUUAUUUUUUAGCCUUUCAAGAAGUUCAUCAUUAUCUUCUGCAGAAAAUGGAUUUGUUUCAGUGUGUGCCUGGAAUACCUGUAACAU